AUGUCUUACGGCGGUGGCUACGGCUCGUCAAGAGAUGGCGGUUACUCCAACGGUUACGGCGGUCAAUCUAACGGCUAUUCCAACGGCUAUUCCGGCGGUGGCUAUGGCGGAUCCAACGGAUAUUCUGGUGGCGGUGGUGGCGGCGCCGGCGACAAGAUGUCCAACCUGGGCGCGGGACUGAAACAGCAACACUGGGACCCGGCUACUAUGCCCAAGUUCGAAAAAUCAUUCUACAAGGAGGACCCUGCGGUCACGGCCCGAUCACAGCGAGAGGUCGACGAGUUCCGCAGAAAACACGAAAUUACAAUCCAAGGCCGCAAUGUCCCACGCCCUGUCGAGACCUUCGACGAGGCUGGAUUUCCUUCUUAUGUCAUCUCUGAAGUCAAGGCUCAAGGUUUCACUCAUCCAACAGCAAUUCAGUCCCAAGGUUGGCCGAUGGCGCUUUCUGGUCGUGAUGUGGUGGGUAUUGCUGAGACCGGGUCGGGCAAGACUCUCAGUUACUGUCUUCCCGCCAUCGUCCACAUCAAUGCCCAGCCGCUUCUGGCACCAGGUGAUGGCCCCAUUGUGCUUGUUCUGGCUCCCACUCGAGAACUCGCCGUCCAGAUCCAACAGGAAAUGACCAAGUUUGGAAAGUCUUCUCGCAUCAGAAAUACGUGUGUCUAUGGUGGCGUUCCCAAGGGUGGCCAAAUCCGCGACCUCAGCAGGGGUGUGGAAGUUUGCAUUGCGACCCCGGGUCGUCUCAUCGACAUGCUCGAGUCCGGCAAGACUAACCUGCGUCGUGUCACUUACCUUGUUCUCGACGAAGCAGACCGCAUGCUUGACAUGGGUUUCGAACCUCAGAUCCGCAAGAUUAUUGGCCAGAUCCGUCCCGACCGACAAACCUGCAUGUGGUCUGCAACUUGGCCCAAGGAGGUCCGACAACUCGCGUCUGAUUUCCUCGAUGAUUUCAUCCAAGUCAACAUCGGAUCUAUGGAUUUGUCCGCCAACCACCGCAUUACCCAAAUCGUCGAAGUCGUUUCCGAAUUCGAAAAGAGAGACCGGAUGGUGAAGCAUCUGGAACAGAUCAUGGAAGAUCGAAACAACAAGAUCCUGAUCUUCACCGGCACCAAACGCGUUGCUGACGAGAUCACUCGAUUCUUGCGUCAAGACGGUUGGCCAGCGCUUUCAAUUCAUGGCGACAAGCAACAAAACGAACGUGACUGGGUUCUCAACGAAUUCAAGACUGGCAAGAGUCCAGUCAUGGUUGCUACGGAUGUCGCAUCCCGUGGUAUUGACGUUCGAGACAUUACUCAUGUGUUCAACUAUGACUAUCCCAACAACUCAGAAGACUAUGUUCACCGCAUCGGCCGGACAGGACGAGCUGGACGGAAAGGAACCGCCAUUACGCUUUUCAGCACUGAAAAUGCCAAACAAGCCCGUGACUUGGUCAAUAUCUUGACAGAGUCCAAGCAGAACAUCGACCCUCGUCUUGCUGAGAUGGCACGUUAUGGCGGCGGCGGAGGUGGUGGCCGUGGCUAUGGACGCGGCGGUGGUCGCGGAGGCCGUGGCGGCGGCGGCGGCUUCACUUCUUCCAAUUCUGCCCCCCUCGGCCGCAGCCGCUGGUAG